AUGUCUACUGAAAAUAUUGAAUCGGAACUUAAUUUUCAUGAAUUUAAAUAUUAUAAUGAUAAAGAAAUUUCUAUUCAAAUCGAACAAAAAUAUUCAAAAGUAUUUGAUUUCAAUCUUAUUUUCAGUGGUCUUUGUUCAAUAAUUCUUCCAAUUUAUAAUGUAUUUAUUAUUUAUCAGAAUUUCUUUAUCACUGAUAAUUCCUCUCAUAUUUAUAUCCAAGGUGUAACUUACUUUGAAUUCAUAGCAAUUAAUAUAAUAUUACUUUUUGGUAUUAUCAGAGCUGCAAAUUGUUGUUCUAUUUCAACUGGUCAUCGUUUAUUUUAUUUUAAUCAAUUAUUAUCAAGUUUACAUUUUAAUCUUUUUAGUUUAGUUCGAUAUCUUUCUAUCAAUGGUAUAGUUUCUCUAUUUUCAACUGCUCAUCGUCGAGGUGAACGACAAAGUGAAUAUUUAAUAAAAUUACAUCAUCAAGAAAAAAACAAUACAAUAACUUUCAAAUUAUUAAAACUACUUUCUGUUGCUGGUUAUAUGUUUCUUUGUAUUAUUCUUUUAUUAUUUAUAACAUUUUCUGUUCUUAGUAAAUUAACAUCGGUGACAUUUAUUGGUGAUCUUGAUAUUAAUUUAUGGUCAUAUACACAAAUAUCAUUAUUUAUUGGUAUUGUCAACAAUUUAGCUUCUCUCUCACAUGAUGAUGAAGUUACAUUAAAUUUUAUGUGGAAAAUUAUUAAUGAAGAAUGGAAUGCCGAGAAAGGGGAAUGGAAACGUGAAAAAUUAUAUGAUGAUUGUCUUGAACAGACAUAUCUUAAAAGAUGUUUAUUACUUCCAGUACCACCAGAUCGAUAA